ACUUCCGUGUCAGGCUGGCGGCGGAAAGUGGCAUACGAACUUGGUAUCAAAAGGUCUUGAUGUUGAAUUCGAGCGCUGCAGACAAAAUCAAGCGGCAGACAUUUGAUAAUCCAUGCUGCCACAUCAGAGUCUCGCUGACCUAUGGCGCUCGAGCGCGCAAUCGCAACAGGUGACGACGGCUGGGGGCGAUGGAGCCCUCCAAAGCGAGCGACGUCGAAACUACGCAAUGCGGCCGACGGCAGCUCGAGAGAAAACACACCUCAAGACACCAACAUCCCUAAACUCGGUCGAAGCAGCCGGUCCCUGUCCUGAAGGUUCGAUCAAGCAAUUCUUGUUUGUUUGUUUUCCAUCCCUACCUAAGACCGGACAAAUGCCAGCGUCUUCCUCGCCACACAUCUCGGCCCCCGACCUGGGGAUUCCGCCGUCUGCCUCCACCGUUGACCUCUCCAUCAUCAACACAACCGGUACGAUUCGAGGGGUCUCGGCGGACUUGUUCCUCUCACCACCAGUCAAAGGCUACGACUGGCUGGCUGUUCCCGUUGUCUCCUUUCUGAUCCAGCAUCCUCGCCUGAACAGGUCGCUGCUUUUCGACCUGGGCAUCCGAAAGGACUGGGAGAAUCUCAGCCCGCCCCUUCUGACUCGAAUCAAAAGCCUAGGAUGGACUUUGAGUGUCGACAGGGAUGUGCACGAGAUCCUGCAGGAGGCCGGGGUCGACCCCGGCAACAUUGAGGCGAUUGUCUGGAGUCAUCACCACUUUGACCACGCCGGGGACCCGAGCAUGUUUCCCCCCAGCACCGCACUUAUCGUCGGCCCCGGAUUCCAGAGCAUGUUGCCAGGGUACCCCACAGAUCCCACAUCGACUAUCCUGGAAAGCAGCUUGGCCAACCGACGACUGAUCGAGCUGGACUUUGAGUCGGGCCGGGCCGGAACCGACACGUAUGCGCCCCUCAGCAUUGGCGGCUUCCGGGCCCUGGACUACUUCGGCGACGGCUCCUUCUAUCUGCUCCACACGCCGGGCCAUACGGUCGGCCACAUCAGCGGCCUGGCCCGCGUCACGUCGGAGCCUGCCUCGUUCGUCCUCCUCGCCGGCGACGCCAUCCACCACCCGGGAGAGAUUCGUCCGAGCAGGUACCUUCCCGUUCCGAGCGACAUCAUCCCGGAUCCGUUCGCGCCGGACCCCCGCCCUUUGGCCUCGCACUACGGCUGCGCCGCCGCCGUGUUUGACUCCCUGUUCGCGGCACGGGGCAGGUCCGCGGGCGAUCCGAUCUUCGACCCGGCGCGGGCGAAGCACGGGGAGGAGGCCUUCCACGACGACGUUGACGAGCUGCGACGCACGGCAGCCAAGCUGCAGGCGAUGGACGCGCACGACAACGUGCUCAUAGCGGCCGCCCACGACGAGGCCUUGCUGGACCACAUGGACUUCUUCCCCGACGGGAAGCUGAACGGCUUUGUCCACCACGCCUGGGUGAGGCGGGUUCGGUGGCGGUUCCUGAAGGACUUCGCUGCGGCGGUUGGGAAGCAAGAUCAUGAGAUGGUAAGAAGGACAUGGGGCCCCCAGACCAUCCCAGGGAAGGCAAAGUAGUUCGGUGCUCGGCUGUGUGUGCCAUGGAGGCCGGGGGAUCAGGUUCGGGUAGCAUUUAAAAAAAGGGGCGACGGCGGUUGUAGACGGCCCCUCUUACAGACGGUCCCUCAUACUUAUUCAGAUCUUUAGAGUCUGUUACUGGGCCUCA